AUGAUUGACUUCUUCUAUGAGGACAGAGAGGACGCCUUCCGGAGGGCCACAGCUCUGGACACACGUAUUGUGACAGACGCUCAGGCGGUCGGCGGCGAGAGUUAUGUUAAAAUUGUGUCCGCAGCGCUCAGACAGGCUUAUGGAGGGUUGGAAAUGGUUGGCACAGUUGACAGGCCGUGGAUGAUGUUAAAGGAUACGCCACCUCGUAAUUGUCAGACAGUGGAUGUGAUUUACUCCCACUUUGCGGUUCACUUAUAUCUGAAUCCAACGCUUUUGCGAUACCUUUUGGAGCCAUUGUUUGACUAUCAAGAGAGGGGUUUAUUCGCAAAGAAGUAUAGUUUGCAUGAUUUGGGUAAACAGUAUCCGCAAUGCGGGGGACAAGAGGGACAUCACGAGGACAUGGAGGUCGAGCAGAGCGCCAAUAUGUUGAUCAUGAUGUCAGCCUAUGUCAGGGCAACCAAUGAUACAGAGUUUGCCAAAAAGCACUACAAAAUUGCCAAACAAUGGACACAGUAUUUGGUCGAUCACGGGUUGAUCACAGGUGACGCUUUAACAACGGAUGCCUAUUUGGGCAAAUUGACAAAUUCAACAAACCUUUCGGUCAAAGCUAUUGUAGGCAUCGGAGCGAUGGCACAGUUGGCUGAAGUGACCGGCAAUGAGGCGGACAGACAACUGUUUAGACGGACGGCCGAAAAAUACGUCACCGAAUGGAUCCGUUUGGGUGACGACCCGUUCAAUAAACACAUAAAAAUGACUUAUAAUAGUGACAACACAUGGUUUAUGAUGUAUAAUCUCUACGCCGAUGUCCUGUUGGACACCAAAUUAGUGCCCGAAUCGAUCUACAAACAACAGGACCAGUGGUACAAACAGGUGAUCAACUAUUACGGCCUACAAUUAGGGAGCGUUACGGCGGACACCAGGUUUUGUUGGAUGAUGUUUACGGCCGCCGCGUCCGGCGAUACUAGACUCCGGCAAACAGUGUUUGAUCGGACGGCCCAAUGGUUAAGGGAAACGCCGACCCGUCAACCCUUUUCGGACGCGGCCAACACUAUCACCGGCGAGUCACCAGGGUGGGCCCGCAACCGCAUGAUCACAACUGUGUGCCAACAUAAUUAA